CCCCCAACCGCCUCGCGCUCUGGGCUCUCGCGCGCCGUUGGGUACGUCACUUCCGGUGUCCUCGCGGGGCCCUGUGGCGGUGCGCAGCGGUGCGGGCGGGGGCGGCCCCGGGCCGGCGGGAGGCGAUGCGGCCGCGGCAGGGCAGCGCGGGCGGCAGGGCAAGGCGGGCCCGGGCGGCAGGGCGGAACAGAGCUGCUGCUGCCGCAGAGCGGGAGAACGCGGCGGGGCGGCGGCGGCCGAGCCGCAGCGCGCAGGUGGCCGCGGAGGGUGAGCGCACCGGCGGCAGCGGCGAGAGCGGCGACAGCAGUGACGACGGCGGGAGCCGCCUGGGAGCCGAGGUCUGCAGCGGUUGGGAUGAGGAAGCGGAGCUGGCGAAGGACGGCGGUAGCGACCCUUCUCACAUGUCUUUUGAAGAACUUCUGAAGCUACAGAGUGAUGUGAGAACGAAAGUGUGCAAGCAGGUGACCAGUGGGAAGAAAACCACAAAGCCUGCCACAGCGAUGGUGAAGCACCAGCAAGGCAAAAAAGGGCCACUGGAGAUGUCUGCUAAGAAGCCUGUACCUUUCCUGCGCCAAGUGGUCUCUGUUAGAAAGCAGGUCUACAGGGACCCAAGAUUUGAUGACCUGUCUGGAGAGUAUAAGCCUGAAAUAUUCAUGAAGACAUACAGCUUUCUGGAUGACAUCAAGAAGCGGGAAAAAGAGAUGGUUCAGAAGCAGCUGAAAAAGUGUCAGGACGCAGAGCAGAAGGAGAAACUCCAGCAGCUCCUGAACCGCAUGACACAGCAGGAACAGGCACAGAAGAAGCAACAGAAAUUGAGAGAGAGGGAGCUGUCUUUGAAAAGACAACAGAGGGAGCUCGCCAAGCAGGGAAAGAAACCCUUCUUCCUAAAGAAGUCUGAGAAGAGGAAAUUGGAGCUAGCUGAGAAGUAUACAGAGCUGAAGAGGAGUGGAAAGCUGGAAAGCUUCCUGACCAAGAAGAGGAAGAGGAAUGCCAUCAAAGACAAGCGCCGCCUGCCCUCACAGAAGGAUCUGUGACAGAGCCGUUGUCUGGCUCUGGGAAGUGACUCUGGUAUCCCUCUUCUCAAUACCUGCCAUUCACUGAACAGCCUCUGGGCUGCGGAGCAGAGGCUGAACUGCAGGAGUGCAUUUUGUAGCUGAAAUGUCCUCUCUGCCUGUCAUGACCCAGGCAUGGUGCAAGCCACAGGUCUGUCAUGCAUCUGCAUGGUGUACUGGCUGACUGUCCUUGAAGCACAUCUCUUCCUCCAGGAGAGGGCAAGCACUGCAUCGCUUGCUCUGCUCAGCUCUUAGGAGACACCAGCUGAAGUGAGAAAGGACAUCAGAUGGGAGGGCUCUGGUACAAUGCCUGCUUAGAGCAGAGCUAGCACUAACUUCAGGCCUGGUUGCCCAGGGCUGCUUUGUUUGGUCUGAGAAUGCCCAAGGACAAAUGUCAUGAUCCCUUUUGGCCUCUGCUUCAGGUUCUCAAGAUGAAACUUGCCUGGUUUAGUCCAUAACAAUCGCCUUGUCCUCAGUGAAGUGCCUGACUUCAUCUUCCCAGUAGCCUCAUCCUAAGUUUGAGAAGUGGGUGGAAAAGGGGUGCUGUUAGGACUCUCUUGAGCCUUCUCUUGCAGAAGGUGAACAAACCCUGUUCUCUCAGCCUUCUCUUCGAGUGCUCCAGCCACAGAACUUUCACUUCCUCAAAUGGAGUUAGUUCAAAUGAUCAACAGCUGUCUUCUGGUGGCCCAGCCUGCAUACAGCAUGUGGAUGUAGCCUUGGUGCUUGAGUAAAUGAGAGAUGAGGAUACUCCUGUGCAUGGGCUGGUGAUGCAGGCCUUCCUUGGCUGGCUGCUCAGGUGCUGCUGCCUAGUCUCUGCAGUAGGGAUACCAUCUCUCUUGGCUUCUCAAGGUGGUCUGUUACAGGGCUAUUUGUGCUUCUAGGAACUGAGUGAAAUAAAACCCCUCCGUUUUCCUCUA